CGUGCAUACCCGUUAUCAAAUCAUACGAGACACCCCUGUCGUGAAGUGUCGCGAUCUGUCUGGCCCGCCACGGGUUUACGCACCAGUGCGUGAGCGACUGGAUGGAUUCGUCCUGAGAGCCUGUGGUCGAAUUAUGCGACGUGACGACGAAUGAAAUUGCGGAUCGCUGAAAGGACGAUUAAUCGUUUGACGGGGAACCGGUCGAGAAAGGAGGGGAAAAUGUUCGUCGCUAUGGUGUUGCACAAGCACAAUAAGCACAACAAUGGGAACAACUCGAAUCACAACAAUUCGAGCAACAACAAUUCCACCAACCGCACAACCAAUAAUCUCAACAACAACAACCACCACAUCAACAAUAAUGUCACCAAUCUGAAUCAAACGUUCAACGCGAGGGCGAAGGUGGACCCCGAGCUGAUAUUCACGAAACAAGAACGAAUUGGGAAGGGUAGUUUCGGAGAGGUGUUCAAAGGCAUCGACAAUAGGACCCAGCAGGUUGUCGCCAUCAAGAUCAUCGAUCUCGAGGAGGCGGAGGAUGAGAUCGAAGAUAUACAGCAGGAGAUCAUGGUGCUGUCCCAAUGCGACAGCCCAUACGUCACCAAGUAUUACGGGUCCUAUCUCAAGGGAACGAAACUAUGGAUUAUUAUGGAGUACUUGGGUGGCGGCUCGGCCCUGGACUUGAUGAAGGCCGGUAACUUCGAGGAAAUGCAUAUCGCGGUGAUAUUGCGCGAGGUGCUCAAAGGGUUGGAUUAUCUUCACAGCGAACGGAAGCUCCAUCGCGAUAUUAAAGCGGCAAACGUUUUGCUGAGCGAGAUGGGCGACGUCAAGUUGGCCGAUUUUGGCGUUGCCGGACAGUUGACCAAUACGACCAGCAAACGAAACACUUUCGUCGGGACGCCGUUCUGGAUGGCGCCGGAAGUCAUCAAGCAAGCUUCCUACGAUUCCAAGGCUGACAUUUGGUCGCUGGGCAUCACGGCGAUCGAAUUGGCCAAGGGAGAACCGCCGAACAGCGAGCUGCAUCCUAUGAGGGUCCUGUUUCUCAUACCGAAGAACAAUCCGCCCCAAUUAACCGGAAAUUAUACGAAGCAAUUCAAGGAAUUCGUCGAGGCCUGCCUCAACAAGGAUCCUGAAAACAGGCCGACGGCGAAAGAACUAUUGAAGUUCCAGUUCAUCAGGAAGGCGAAGAAAAACUCGUACCUGAUCGACCUCAUAGACAGAUACAAAAAGUGGAAGUCGCAGAGAAGCGAGGAAUCCGAGACGGAGAGCGAAAAUUCGGACUCGGAGGAGUCGAAGCAGGAUAGCGACAUGGACGAUCCAUGGAUAAUGACGGUGAAAGGUCCACACGUGGUUAAAGGUCCCGUGGUUCCUAUGCUACCGUUGGACGAGCAGCCACCCUCGUUGACCCUCACACACACGCCGAAUCACAGAUCGACGAAUCACAAUCAACAAGCGAAGCCACACGCGAACGGUACCUCGAGAUCUCCGCCAAACGAUUCCACGUUGAAUCAUUACAGGAGCGAGUCGAGGGACUCGGUUCGCGAUGGCCAAGCGAAGCAUACGCCGUCCCGACCGCACGAGGCUGCACCACCGCCGCCCGUGGAUACGCGAGAAAAACGAGAGGAACGAGACUACCGGGAUUUCAAUCGGGAUUCCUCGUUGAGGGAAUUGAAGGAGAUGCGCGAGAGCAGGGAGAGCAGGGACAGGGAACGGGACAGAGAAGGGCGGGAAAGGGAAAGAGACAGGGACAGGGAGAGGGAGUUUAGCGCGAAAGAGAAGAGGAACAGUAAACCGGACGUACCUGUCGUACCUAUGGUGGACCAUAGGCCCGGUGAAGACAAACAGAGACCAAGGAGCUCGCAGGAACUGAAGCAUUCUCGAAGCGCGGCUCUUUCCGGUGUUGUUUUACCUCUCCUGUCCGAGCUUCAAAGGAAACAUCAAUAUUCGGCAAGAGACAAUAAUGGUGAAGGCGGAAGCGGCAUUGGCAAGAACGGAGGCGCGAUAGAGGAACUGCGCAGUGCGUUCGAAACAGCGGAACGCACCUCGCCAGGAAUGACCGAGGCCCUUAUCAGGGAACUCCUUAAGUCUUUACUUCCUGCCAAUCACUCGGAGGGCUGUCUGUUUAUGCUGAUGGAAAAAGUUAUCCUGAGGGAUACGUAGGGACGCGAGAGAGCGAGGGUUCGCAAGAGAUUGUGGUCCGAAAACAUCCUGACAUUGUAACGAUUCGUUAUUUCUCGUUUAUCAGAGUAAUUAUUCCGUAUGAUGCCGGUAUUACAUGUUGUUCACGAUUACCGGAUCCGAGCGUAAGAGAUGAGUAUAGAUGAAAAACGUCGCUGCAACAGCCCGGAUAUUUUCUUUCCCUUCGGUCUGCAGAGAUUAGGCUCGACAACAAAGCUCGUCAAAUUGUAACUUUUAUCCGAUUAUCCCGUUUUCCGUGUCCAAUUCAACGCGAAGUGCUCGUUAGAUAGAGAGAUAAAAUAUUAUAGCGACAUAUUUUAUCGCGCGAAAUUCACACAUUUUAAGAGCGAUAAUAUCGAUUUAUUUCCGUUCGAAAACAGAGCAAAAGUUAGAGAUUUAUCUACUACAGUAAAAAAAAGAAAAAAAAAGAAAAAAAAAGAAAAAAGGAACAAAAAGAAAAGAAAAAAAAAAGAGAAAAUUAUACCAUCCAAUUACCCUCGCGCGAGGGUAACAGUUACCGUUAAUUCUUAAAAAAGAUAUUAGUCCCCCGAUCGUUAAAAGUUAGUAUUUGGAAAAAAUUAAGUAAAAAGAAAAAAAAAACAAAAAAACAAAAAAAA